CGCCGCCGCCCUCGGCCUCGUCCCGCGACCGCCUCCUCGGCACCCUCGUCUGCAUCGUCCUCCGCGCAAAGAACCUCCCCAACAAGGCCCGCAUCGGCAAGCAGAACCCCUACUGCACGAUCCAGUACGGCCUCCACAAGAAGCGCACCGCCACCAUCGAGCGCGGCGGCCAGCAACCCGAGUGGGACGCAGAGUUCCGCUUCGAGGCCCGCCCCGUCGUCCCGCCCCUCGCGACCGGCUACCCGCCCAACCGCCGUGUCCUGCGCAUCGCCUGCUGGGCCGACGACGCCCGCGACCCAAAGUUGAUCGGCGAGGGCGAGCUCGACUUUGAGGCGACCGUAAAGUCGGGCAAGUUUGACGACUGGGUCCAGCUGUCGCGCAAGGCGAGGUACGCCGGCGAGGUCUACCUCGAGCUCACCUGGUAUUCGAACGUGCGUCCU